GAGUCAUCUAUGAUGCAUGGCGCUCGAAUAGACCUAAUAACGUCAACCGUCACUGUGUAGAAAUGCAGAUUAAUAAUGACUACCAGUGGGAUGAUUCAGUUUGUGGAGAAACACGACGGACGUUAUGUCAAAUAGGAAUUCCUGCCUGCGGUGACCCAGGUGAACCUUUGCAUGGUAAUCGUUUACCAGAUGACAGAACAACUUACUCUGUCAAUGCUACUCUUCAUUUCACCUGUCAGGAGGGCUAUACAUUAUCUGGAGAAAGCAUUUUAAGGUGUAUGAAUAAUGGAGCAUGGAAUAAUUCAAAACCAUCUUGUGAAGCUGUCAAAUGUGAGGGAAGCCCAUCAAAUGUCACACUUGCCUCCAUUAUGAUGCAAGGAUCAGUGUAUCAAGAUAUAGCUCUAUACACCUGUCAGGAUGGUUAUAUUCCUGAUAAUGAACCAAUCAGCUUCUGUCAGCAUACAGGCAAUUGGAGUACACCUAACUUUACCUGUUCAGCACUCGGCCAAUGUUACAGUAACCCCUGUAUGAAUGGAGGUACCUGCAGUGAAGUAGAUAUAUCAUCAUUCACAUGUACAUGUACCCCACACUACACUGGUUCCACCUGUGACAAAGUCUAA